AACACUAGCUAGGAACGAGUACCCUAACCCAUUGCCACUUGGAUGUGCAAUGACUUUCCCGCUCUAUCCUAUUACAAUUAUAGCAAGUUGUCUCUUUCUAUGCUGAACUUUUAUACUUAUGUGUUAUAUUGGCUAAGUGAUUUGCUUAAAACCAAAUACCCGUUUGCUUACAACAUCUACACUAACAUUGCUCUUAUCAAAAUUCGCUUAAUAACAACUAAUCACCUGCGAUUCUUUGUGUUCACAACCCAAAAAAGAGCGCCCCAAUGAACAUUGAACCUGACGAGAAAUUUUAAAUUUAUUUUGCUUUUAUCUUUCUUAUAAUAAUAUGAGAAUUAACGGGACACUACGUGGUAAGACGGUAUUUAUAACCGGCGCCUCGAGAGGAAUUGGAAAAGCAAUAGCAUUAAAAGCUGCACGCGAUGGUGCUAAUGUUGUAAUAGCAGCGAAAACUGCGCAACCCCAUCCAAAGUUAGCUGGCACAAUUUACAGUGCAGCAAAAGAAAUUGAAAAUGAAGGCGGCAAGGCUCUGGCAUGCAUUGUAGACGUCCGAGAUGAAUUGCAAGUACGCAAAGCAGUUCAAGCUGCUGUGAAAAAAUUUGGUGGCAUCGAUAUUCUAAUCAACAAUGCCAGUGCCAUUUCACUAACAGCAACACUUGAAACGGAUAUGAAACGUUACGACUUGAUGCACAACAUCAAUACAAGAGGCACAUUUCUGGUCACGAAGGAAUGCUUACCAUAUCUACUAAAAAGUAAACAUGGACACAUUUUGAAUAUAUCACCACCGCUCGUCAUGUCACCACAUUGGUUCAGUACUCAUGUAGCCUAUACCAUGGCCAAGUAUGGCAUGUCCAUGUGUGUACUUGGCAUGGCUGAAGAAUUUAGAAGUCAGGGUAUAGCGGUGAAUGCGUUAUGGCCACGUACAGCUAUCUACACAGCAGCGGUUGAAAUGCUACAAGGAGCGGAAGCUUCUCAGUACUCACGCACACCUGAAAUAAUGGCUGAUGCAGCAUAUGCAAUACUCUGUAAAGAUCCAAAUACCUGUACUGGCAACUUCUUCAUUGAUGAAGAAGUCCUAAUUGAAGAGGGUGUGCAAGACUUAAAACGAUAUGCUUGUUUCCCCGAAAACGCAGACAAUCUUAUAUCGGAUUUUUUUCUACCGGAGAAAUACGUUUCGAAAUUAUAAGCUGAAUAAAUUUCGAUAAUAUUUGCAGAUAUUUUUUAAGAGUAUUGUUAUAAUCUGGUGGAAUGCAUUAAUAAAUAAAGGACUAUAUGUACAUAACAUAUACAUCUACUUCUA